AUGUCGAGGUUUUUAGAAAAUAUAGCUAAUAUUGCAGUUCCAAUUGGCGUUGCCAUUUUCGCGGCGCAGUCGUGUAUUUAUGAUGUUAGAGGUGGCACAAGGGCUGUUAUAUUUGACCGUCUAUCUGGUGUACAACAGAAGGUUGUUGGUGAAGGUACUCACUUUCUGAUCCCAUGGUUGCAGAAAGCUGUUAUUUAUGAUGUGCGUACGAAACCCAAGAAUAUUGCAACGAACACAGGUACCAAGGACCUGCAGAUAGUUACUUUAACGUUGCGUGUGUUACACAGGCCGGAUGUGAUUGCGUUACCUAAAAUUUACCAAGAAUUAGGGCUUGAUUACGAUGAAAGAGUGCUUCCCUCGAUUGGUAACGAGGUACUCAAGGCUAUUGUUGCACAGUUUGAUGCAGCCGAGUUAAUAACUCAAAGGGAGCUUGUGUCGCAGAAAAUCAGACAAGAACUGGCCAAACGUGCGCAUGCAUUCCACAUAAAAUUGGAAGAUGUGGCGAUUACUCACAUGGUGUUUGGCCACGAGUUUACCAAGUCAGUCGAAAAGAAGCAGAUUGCACAACAGGAAUCCGAGAGGGCCAAGUACCUAGUUCAACUAGCUGAACAGGAGAGAGCAGCCGCUGUUAUCAGAGCUGAAGGUGAUGCGGAGGCAGCUGAAUACAUUUCCAAAGCGUUGAAUAAAGCGGGUGAUGGUCUUUUAAUGAUCAGAAGAUUAGAAGCUUCUAAAAAGAUUGCCCAGACCUUGGCUGGUUCCUCGAACAUCACAUACUUACCUUCAUCAUCUAAAGGUGGUUCGCAUGACGCCUGUGGUACACCUAGCUCGUUAUUGUUGAAUUUAGGGAGGUAG